AAAUUUCAAAACUAAACGGCGGCUAAACACAGCCGUCUAUUUGUCCAACGGCGCGGGUGUCUUGUCUAGUGUAUAUUUUUAUAUCCAGCUGCAUUAGCAACCAUAGCAAAACACAAGAAGGAAAAAAAAAGAAAACCAAUAUUUUUAAUAAUAAAUUCUGUUAAAAGAAACUAAUAAUAUAUUUAUUCAAAAUUACGGAGAAACUGGAAAAAAUGGGCUCUGAUGAUGCUAGCACAGUUUCUAGCGAUAGUGGCGAACGGGGUGAACGCAUACAGAGAGGUUUCCAGAUAAACUAUAUGAUUUUACGUGAUGCUGAUACAGGUAAGGUCAUCUGGCAAGAAAAUAAAGAUUUUUCAUCACCCGAUGCCGAACAUGAGGCCCGUGUACCCGUCAAAAUAUUGGAUUUAAGAGCCGUAUCAAGAGAAAUAAAUUUUAGCACUAUAGAGGCCAUGGAAAACUUUCGUCUCGAUCAAAAGGUUUUAUUUAAAGGGCGCAUAAUGGAGGAAUGGUUCUUCGAAAUGGGCUGGGUAGGAGCGAAUACAACCAACACCUGGCAAUCGACCAUUGAGGCAGCACCUGAAUCACAAAUGAUGCCUGCUAAAGUCUUAAAUGGUAAUGUCACCAUUCAAACAAGUUUCUAUGACAACGAUACACUCAUCACUAAAUCCGUGGUACGACUUUAUUAUAUUUAAGUUAUAAUUACAACAUUAUAAAGAUUGAUGGAGGAGAGAAAUGCAGGCAUUAGUUUAAGAAGCUGAAAUAUAUUCGUUUAAAUACAGUAAUAAGAUUAAAUCAAAAAAAAAUAUAAAAAACGACCUCAAAAAUUGAACACCCACACAUUUUACACACAACACCAAAUUCCAAAAACAACGAAUUUUGUGUUGCUGUUGUCAUCAUAAAUAAAUCAUCAAUGAAGACAGCGCUUUUAAGGUAUUAAAUCAA